AUGUCUGAUCGAUUUUUUUCUAAUCCUCAUGCUGACUACGAUGAAAAAGUGCAUGGCGCAGAUCAACAUCAGUUGGUACCACGUGCUAGUAUAGUUGAGCUUAUUAAAAAUUACGUGGGAAUAAUUCAGAGUCACACGAACAUAAAGAUGCGCAAGGAUAUCUAUGUUGGCAUUGCAGGUAUUGCUUUCAUGUUCUGGAAACUGAGUUUAUCGAGCGAAACUAGAGAUAUGUAUCCUUGUUUGGAACUUGCAACGAAAUACAUCGGCGAAGCUAAACGGCAAACUUUGAGGAAAAAACAAUCCAGCAAAGAAUACGUGGCUUUUCUUUGUGGAGAUUCUGGGAUCGCGGCCGUGUCUGCAGUGAUUUCUCAUGAUCUAAAAAACAUAACAGACAUGGAAAACGAUGUGAAAAUGUUUUUAAAAGGAUACCCAGCUUGCUCCAGUACCUCCGGAUACGAUGCGGAUGAAGUUCUGGUUGGCAGGGCGGGUUUCUUGCAUGGGGCAUACUGGUUAAACCAGACAAUUGCAUCGAAACCGAUCAAAAACGAGAUGAUUACCACAAUCGCUCAAGUUUUAAUGAACCGUGGACGGCGCAUAGCAGCCGCGCUACAAAUUGCAGCGCCGUUAAUGUAUGAAUAUAACGAAAAAACAUAUCUGGGUGCUGCCCAUGGAAUUUGUGCGAUUUUGCACGCUCUCCUCGAAUCGCCUUGGUUCGAACGAGAUGCUAAUGGUAAAUUUUGCGUUCCAACAUCUGACCUUUCGGAUAUAAAAAGCACUAUCGAUUACAUACUAACACUGCAAAGCAACAAUGGGAACUUUCCAACACGACUUGAUUCGAAUAGAAUGCUUGUACACUGGUGUCAUGGCUGUGCUGGAGCGAUUUAUCUUUUCGCUAAAGCAUUUCUUACAUUCAAGGAAGAAAAGUAUCUACAAUGCUGCCGAAGAUGCUCUGACACAAUCUGGCGCCAAGGUUUACUCCGUAAAGGACCAGGAAUUUGCCAUGGAGUGGCAGGGAACGGUUAUGCUUUCUUGUUAAUGUAUCGUUUGACGGGAGAAAAAUGCUAUUUGUAUCGUGCUGCAAAAUUUGCCGAAUUUUUAAAUUCGACUCUAUUUGCAGAACAGCUACUUGCACCCGACCGGGCUUAUAGUUUAUACGAAGGCUUGGCCGGUACUGUAUGCUUUUUGGUUGAUCUAUUAGACCCUUUAAAUUCUUCAUUUCCUUUCAUGGAUGUUUUUGGAAAAAAAUAUAAUUAA